CUGAACUCGGUUGUGGAGUUACUUGCCAGACAAAGCGCCAUUGGAGCGGGGUGUGUAGAUUGAGAAAUGGAGAAGGGUGCAGGAAGGGGCCCAGAAGAGGGUACAGAGAUUCCAGACUCUCUGUAUUCAAGAACCCUGCUCCUCUUUCACCAGGGAGGCAUCUCUGCAAACAUCCCCACCAUUUCCCAAGGCAAGGAUUUUUACUCUAUUCUCUUUCGGAGCAUUCUCAAAGUCCAACAUCUGGACCCUGGCCGCAUCAUUUGCCUCUUCUCCGUCAUACCUGCUGUUGCGAAUUAUUAUGGAGGGUUACAUGGAGGGGCCAUCGCUGCCAUAGUGGAGUUGGUGUCGAUUGCAUGUGCUAGAACAGUGGUAGAUGAGGACAAGGAACUCUCUCUGGGAGAACUGAGCAUGUCUUAUCUCUCUUCUGCACCAACAAAUGCGGAAGUGACGGUCGAUGCAUCUGUAGUGAGAAGUGGAAGAAACGUGACGGUAAUUGCAGUUGAGUUCAAAAUGAAGAAGACCGGCAAGUUGGCUUACACCGGUCGUGCAACCUUCUAUAGCAUGCCUAUUGCGAAACUAUAAAGCUUGCCCCUUAUUCAACUUAUCAAAAUAUGGGUAUCAUCUUGGUAAACAACUCUGCCCUAGAAAAUGCCCAUUGCAAGUUUUCAUUAUUUUUAUUGUAUAAAACAUCAGGACAGGGUGGAAAUGAAAAUGCGUUCAAAAUAUUUGCCUUUUAAGAAA